GAAAUUUAUGGAUGCAGCUGAUUCAGCACAUAUUAAUGAUGCUCGUUCAAUGAUGAAUUUACACAAUAAUCGAGUUGGACGAAAAGCAGUAUCAAGUAGCGUGCAUCGUGAAUGCAAAUGUCACGGUGUAAGUGGCUCAUGUGUGAUGCAAACAUGCUGGAAAGUUGUACCGAAACUUGAAGAAGUUGGCUUAUUGUUACGGAAAAAAUAUUCACAUGCUGCUAAGGUUAGUGUAUCACCGGAAGGUAAAGCAUUGAUACCGCGAAUGGAAAGAACAGGAAGUCGUUCUGGAAGAUAUCUGCACAAAUUCGGACAAAUGUCAAUUUUAGACAAUGAGCUUGUUUAUUUGGAUGAUUCUCUUGAUUAUUGCAAGGAAGAUAAAUUAAACGAUAUUCGAAGUCCACAGGGUCGCGAAUGUUUUGACAAGUGUAACAUGUUAUGCUGUGGACGAGGUUACACAACAAUUCGAGUGGUAGAGGAACAGCGGUGUCAUUGUAAAUUUGUAUGGUGCUGUGAAGUGAAAUGUGACACAUGUCAUCGCAUUGUUAGCCAUAAUUUCUGCAAGUAA